AUGACAGAACAUCAUUACCAACAAUUCCGAAAGGAUGGCAUCAUUGAAGAAGUUUGUGUCAGAAUUGCUUCUACCUUUGCAAUCAAUGGUAGUCCGUCAUUCUGUGUGGGUUUGCAAGACAUUGGAGACGUGUUUCCAGAUGCACAGCGAUUCAAGUUGGAUGGACUUCCUGUUCCGUUCCUUACAGAUCCUUAUGGCAACAGGAUCUUGGAUGUCAUCACUAAAGCCCCGCAAUCCAGCAACGAAAGCACCAUCAAUUAUUUGCCUACAUCAAGCAACUCGGCACAUCUGGCCUCUCAGGUCCCUCUUUUGCCAUCACCAAACUUGAUUCAAUCACUCAACCCGCUUCAUACUAUUCACAGCAGCGCACAAUUCGAGGCGAUCAUCUCUAAGCUUGAAAAGAUUGCAGGGUUGCUGUUAGAGGCCAAAGAGAAGGACAACAAGAUGAGUGAUAUAUUGCUGCAAGCAAAAGAGAAGGAUGACAGGUUGAUUGCUCUGCUGCUGGAAGCUAAAGAGAAGGACAGUGAAAUAACUAAACUGCAGAAUAUGCUUAUGCCGGAAUUGAAUACUAAGGAGGAAGAUGUCAAUAAGGGGCAUCAGGCACCCAAAAGUCUUGCUAUCCUUCAAAAACAUGCCCACACUAUCCUCUCCCAGCAACUUGAGCUUCACGAAUGCCCAAUUCCUCGACUGUUUAUCCUUUUGCCUGUCGACAACACCAAGUGGGAUCCACUGAAUGUCGUAAGGAACAAGUUUCGUCUUCAUUUUCUCUGUGAAUGUGGAGACCACAGUGCAAUGACAAGCAAGAGUAGCCAGAGUCCGAUCCAUAUUACCAAGCAUGACGGGUAUGAAGUCCGAGAUAGCACAGAGUUCUUUCGCAAGUACGGGAAAUACAUGUUUAUCCUCUUACAGUGGCUCAAGUUUGGAGUGCACUCGUCUGCUUCUCUGGAAUCAGUCCCAUAUUUGAUCAAUCCUGGUAUCGAUCGCUCGAUCGACUAUAUGCAGUCACUCUCUAGGGAGGACCCAGCCUUGAGCAACAUCACUGCAAUCGAUGAUUAUGAAGGACUUGUAGGAGCUGAAUUCCGCCGGCUGAGCACAUUUCUUCGAAGUAAAGACGAAGACAAAAAAUUUGGCAACUUGAGCAGGAUUGCGACCGAAGCAGGUCAUGUCAAAUGGGUUUGUCUCGACCACUAUACUGCGACAUACAGAGGAAAAGGACAGAAAGCGUUUGAAAGCGCAGUAAAGAUGCAUGGUGGCAUAUAUGACUCACACCUUGGAAAAGCUAUUAUCACAUUUAAGCCCAUAAACAGAGCUAGGGAACUCUUUGAUGCUCUGACCAGCGCAAGGCAUGUUUACGAGUUGGAUAUCACAUUUGACUGGGAUUGGACGGAGACUGAUCUUGAAGCAUUUGAGAGUGCUCUAACUCUGUCAAGUGUAUUGAUUCUUCGACUUGGACUUGGACGAGCUCCAGGAAGCGUCAGUAGGAAAGCGUUUUUAACAUCUACACAACAUGAAGCACUUGUUCGCAUCAUGGAACUCAGCAAUAUCAAAACAAUUCAUAUUGUCCUCCCCUUAGAAUUCAUAACACUCCUCAGUUUACAGCUCAAGCCAGCGCAUCUUCAUAAGCUAUCCUUCAAGAUGAAUGCUCAAUCGAUUGGAGCUAGUGAACUACUAGUUCUUGUAAAUACCCUCAAGGCUAACGCAGCAUUGACUAUUCUGGACUUGAAGAGCAGCUCCAUUGGGAAGGAAGGAGCCUUAGCGCUGUCGGAGGCACUCAAGACUAAUACGACAUUGAUUACUUUGGACUUGAGGGGUAACUCGAUUGGGGAUGAGGGAGUUUUGGCUCUGUCGGGGUCGCUCAAAGUUAAUACAACUUUGACUACUUUGAACCUGGCAAAGAACUCAAUUGAGAAGGAAGGAGCUUUGGCACUGUCAAAGGCGCUCAAGAUUAAUACAGCUUUAACCACUUUGGACCUGAGAAUCAAUUCAGUUGGGGAUGAGGGGGCUCUGGGACUAUCAGAGGCACUCAAGACUAACACGACGUUGGUCACUUUAGACUUGUGGCGUAACUUGGUUGGGAAUGAAGGAGCUCUUGCUCUUUCGAAGUCACUCAAUGUUAAUACAGCUUUGACUACUUUGAACCUGGCAAACAAUUCAAUUGGGGAUGAAGGGGUUUUGGCAUUGUCAAGAGCGCUCAAGGCUAACACAGCUUUAACCUUUUUAGUCUUGAGGGCCAAUUCAGUUGGAGAAAAAGGGGCUCUAGGGCUGUCAGAGGCGCUCAAGACUAAUUCUGCUUUGGCCACUUUGGACUUGGGAGUCAGCUCGAUUAGGGAUGAAGGGACUCUGUCGCUGUCAGAGGCACUCAAGAUUAACACAACUUUGACAGCUUUAGACCUAUGGGACAAUUCAAUUGGUGUGGAAGGAGCUUUUUCACUCUCAGUGGCGCUCAAGACCAAUAUGACAUUGACGACUUUGAACUUGGGAAGCAACUCAAUUGGGAGAGAAGGGAUCUUAAGAUUGUCAGAGGCGCUCAAGACUAACACAGCUUUGACCACUUUGAAUUUGUGGGAUAACUCAAUUGGGAAGGAAGGAGCUCUAGCGCUAUCAGAGGUGUUGAAGAUUAAUAGAACUUUAAUCACUUUAGAUAUGGGAGUCAACUCAAUUGGAAAUGAAGGAACUGUGUCACUAUCGGAGGCACUCAAGAAUAACACAACUUUGACCACUUUAGACUUGUGGCGCAACUCAAUUGGGAAUGAAGGGGCCCUGUCACUGUCAGAGUUACUCAAAGCUAAUACGAGUUUGAACACUCUGCGCUUGGGGAGAAACUCAUUCGGAAAGGAAGGAGCUCAGGCACUAUCACAAGCGCUUAAGGCUAACACAACUUUGACCACUUUGAGCUUGCGGGGUAAUCCAAUUGGGGAUGAAGGAGUCCUUGCUUUAUCAGAGGCACUCAAGAAUAAUAUGACUCUGGUCAAUUUGGACUUAAAGAGCAGUUCCAUUGGGUAUGAAGGAGUUUUGGCACUGUCAAAGGCUCUCAAAGUUAAUACAACUUUGAACAGUUUGGAAUUGGGAUCCAACUCUUUCGGAAAGGAAGGAGCUCUAGCACUCGCGGAGGCACGCAGAACUAAUCCGACUUGUGGCAGGCUAGCAGCCAAAGCAAUGACUCUUUGGUGUCCGCCCUUCCUCCUUGCAGAAUUACCAGGAUUGUCAGGAUUGUCAGGAUUGUCAGGAUUGUCAGGAUUGUCAGGAUUGUCAGGAUUGUCAGGAUUGUCAGGGAUGUCAGGAAUGCCAGGAAUGUCAGAGAUUGCAAUAAGUAAGUAG